AAGAAGAAGAAGAAAACGUCAACACAGCCGCAUGUGCACCUCGAUUAACGUUUCAAACUAGUCCGCUCGUUAAAGUGCGCUAGUAAUUUUCUAUGCAAGUGCAAGCUAAAACAGUAAAACAGCUGUAAAACGAUGUCUCGCGUUUGUAAGAAAAAGCCCUCUGUGUGCACAGACGAGCCUCUCGGCAAUGAUGAAAUAUGCCACAAAUUAGCAGUAACGCGGCACGCGCUGUCAUCUUGUUAUGGGCCACGUGGCAGAUUAAAACAAAUUCACAACAAUGUCGGAGGACAGGUGCAGACCACAUCCACCUCAUCUGUCCUGAUCAAAUCGAUCACUUUCUCAGAGCCGCUGCUCAAACUGACCGCUGCAGCCAUCUUGGAUCACACUGCGAGAUUCAGCGACUGCGGUUUGUUUACAGGAGUCUUUUGCCUUGGCCUCAUUGAAAAUGCAAAGAGGUUGGGACUCGGACCUGCUGUGGCAAGUCGAGUGUAUACAUACUUGUUAGAAGAAUGCAAUAGAUAUCUCAGGGCAGAUGACUGUGGCUGUAAGGUUCAGGUGGACUUCAGCAGUGUUCAAACACUCAUCACUUUAGCUCAUACUGCGGUCACUAGCAAACCAGCCUGCAUGCUCAACUCUGAUGAAUCACAGCAUAUCGCCUCUCUGACUGUACAGGCCUUUCUUCAGUCUGUUCCUUCUGCUUCAUCAAACGUCUUUGGAAGAACUCUGGUUGUGGCUGUAGAAGGACAGCCAGUGAGAGAUUCUGCUGUUUUCCCUGGAUUACUAGUCGAAGUGCCUCUUCUGCAGUCUGUGGAGCUGAAGAAUCGUAGUCCAGGUCCCUAUAAGAUUGUGUUAUUUGGCACAUCUCUGUCAGGUGACUGCUCUGAAAUUGGCGAAGCAGCUUUAGAGAUCCAAGUCGGAAUAAAUCCAGAGAUGGUCGUCUUGGAGCAGCUGUUGAAGCUGGGUGAGCGAGUGGUUCAGGACGGUGUAGGAGUGUUUGCAUGUCAGAAGGUGAUUCAUCCAGUGCUGCAGCAGUACUUAAAGGAACGUGGACUGGUGGUCAUCGAGCGACUCGGACUUGCCCUAAUGGAACCAAUUGCCCAAAUGACAGGUGCUCUGAUUAUGGCGUCUAUCUGCUCUCCAGUCCCAGCCAAAGCAUAUGGACAGAUCAGGGGACUCCAUCUGCACCGCAUUGGAUCUAAAGAGCUUCUGCAGCUCCUUCCAUCUGGAGAGGCAUCCGUUAACACGAUGGUGCUCUGUCACAGGAACGAAACGAUGUUAGAGGAGCUCAAGGUAACGUGUCAGAGAGCCGAGCAUGUGCUGCGACUGACCCUUAAGGAGCCUUGUGCACUAAUUGGAGGAGGCUGUACAGAGACAGUGCUGUCUGCUUACAUAAAAUACACGGGUGAGCGUAAGGCCAGCGAAGCAGCCUCGUCACUAAAAUGCUCACGUUCAGAGUUCCUCCUCGCUACGAAGGCAUUCUGCUGCUCUCUGCAGUCUGUGGCACUUUCUUUAGACCACGAUGACCAGCACUUCCUCAUGGACUUGAGUCAUGCUCAUUGCUGGGUUACAGAAGAAGAUGCAUGCUCACCAACCACAACCAUACACCCAUGCAGCUGUGGUCUGGUAAAGGAAAGGGCUGAUCUGGAGAAGAUCUUUUUUAAUAUUCCUCUGAACACAGCACAUCACUCCUUCUUGCCAGCACCCAUCCAAUCUGAUGUUCAAGCCAGACUGUUGGACUCGUUCACUGCCAAGCUCAAUGCCUUGAAUGUUGCUGUAGAGACAGCUAAUCUGGUGCUUGAUACAAGGUAUAUUAUUAGGGAUGUGAAUUAAUAGGUUAAAUAUGUGUGUAUAUAAGUUUAAUAUUUGAUAUGAAGCUUGGCAAACAAGGUAAUAUUGUAGCCUGUAGUUCCUGUGUCUCAACAUUAGAUGGAGACAUACAUUUUGGUGGGUGUUAAUUCCUGUUUUCCCAAUUUUGCUAUUCUGUGAUUCAAAACUCUGUAUUAUAAUAUUAUAUAAUAUUUUAUAUUAAUAGUAUUUAUAUGUAUUUAUAGUAGUAUUUAUAUAUAUGGACUUUAUUUUAUUAUUUAUUUCUUUUUUUUAAUUAUUAUUUAUUUAAAUUAUAUACUGGCACAGUGUGUCUAUUCAAAGGCCAUGCCCAGUUGAGCUGCCUAAAAGCUUUUGUUUUACAUAGUUGCAUAAAACCUAUGGGUGACUAAUCUGACUGAUACUUCUGCUACUGCAGUCAGCUGCAGAAUUAUUGGAGAUAUAUAUUGGAGAUGGUGAGCUAUAUAUACAUAUGCACCGAUCAGGCAUAGCAUUAUGACCACCUGUCUAAUAUUGUGUUGGUCCCCCUUUUGCUGCCAAAACAGCCCUGACCCGUCAAGGCAUAGACUCUAGUAGAUCAAUGAAGGUGUGCUCUGGUAUCUGCCACCAAGAUGUUGGCACCAGAUCCGACGUACAGGACUCAAUGGAUACUUUUGAUAGAUACUGACCACUGCAGACCAGGAACACCCCACAAGAGCUGCAGUUUUGGAGAUGAUCUGGACGUGUAGCCGUCACAGUUCGCCACUUAAACAAAUCCAUACAAUUGCCCAUUUCCUGCUUCUAACACAUCAACUUUGAGGACAAAGUGUUCACUUGCUGCGUAAUAUAUCCCACCCACUAACAGGUGCCAUGAUGAGGAGAUCAUCAGCGUUAUUCACUGCUCAUAAUGUUAUGCCUGAUUGGUGUAUGUAUUUUACUUAACAGUGGGGAUUGCCGUCUUAUCCCUUUCUCUUUUUACAUCAAACCAAAAAGCUCUAUUUUUGUCUUAUCUGACCAUGGAACCCAGUCUCAGAGAAAGUCCUUAGUGUGCACUGAACACCAAAUACUUAAUGUAGUUAGAUGAAAGAAACAUUUUUAUGACAUUUAUACAAAAUAGUUACCUAUGAAAGAGUGUUAUUUGAAGGUCAGUAACAUGAACAGAGAGCAAGGGGGGUGGGGGGGGAUUGAUUAGUGUGUAAGUGUGAUGUCCUUCCUUAAUAAAUAAUCCAACUGAUGUGGAUUAAGAGGAAUAAAACACUUUGGAAAGUGCUUUUCAUCAGGCUGCAUCACUCUAGUCCAUCGUUGAUUAUUUUCCUACAUCAGCAUGCCAAUAAGCGUUGUAUUCCACACACAGGGUUCUACUAUGAAUCUCUUUAAUGGAAUAAUUCAGGUAUAUCCACACCCUGACAGCAGAAAAUUGGAUGCAGUAUUUUCUACAUUACAAAGCUUUGCAUAUACUAAUUGCAUGGAAGGCAUCUGCAUUUUUUCCCCCAGUUUAUAAUCUGCUGUUUGUACAAGCAAUGAAAAAAUCCCAUACAUAACUGUUAUUAAGAAAGCACUGACAACACAUGAAAUAGCCUAAGCAAAGUUUCCUCAUUUUAUCAUUAUUUUGUAAAUGUUUACAGAAAAAAAAAAAUUCUGCACAGUAAUACAGUUUCACAUAGCAACACUAGACUUUCAUACAAUGAAGUGUGUGAGUAUUUAGUAUCAUCUUGGUUAAAUUCAGUCAGAACAGGGUCACAAAGUGCAGGUGUGUGCGCCUCGAGAAACUACAAGCUCCCUGUGGUUUCUCUUCCAAAGUCCUUAUCAGACUACCAAUCUGCCUCCACUUACUCUUUCUGCAUUCUGUCAAAGGCAUAGUCACCUUUUUUUUCUUUCAGGAGGAAGAAAUUCUUCUGAAUUGCUUCAUUCUGUGUUCUAAUGCAAUAAGAGAUGGAAGAUUACGUUCUGUACAACUAAUGCUAUAGUUCUUUUUAGACAUAAUGAAACAGUGUGUCUUUUUAUUAGAACAUUCACAUGAGCAGAUUACCUCCUCCAAUUACAGCCUGGAAAGACUUAACAAUGCGAGUAAAGUAUCUGUGCAAUAAAGUAACGGAAAAUAAAAUAAUGCGCAGGAUUUUAAUAGCGGCUUCCUUCCUCUCAACUAGCAAACGGUCACAUAAACAUGAAGUCUAUUGAAGUCUUAACUCCUGAUGACCCGUCAUCCCAUCAGUGGCCACUUUGCAACGUAAUGGACUCUAAAAAUCCCAGCUUCAUUGUUUCAUUCAUUUCCUUAUCAGUUUAACACCCACACCACUUUUACACCAAGUUACUAGUAUGAUGCCAUAAGAAAAACUCCAGUACCAUGUUCCA